GCGAGCGACCGACUGCACGCGAGCGAGCGAGGCACCGGCGACAGAGCCCGACUUAUUACUUGACAGAGACCAACCUUAUCCCUCCGCCUCCUGCACCCUCAGACACAAUGGAGGACGAAGUGUACCCCAUGACGCUGCUAACCGAGGAGGUCAAGAGCGACGAGGUGGAGACGCGCAUCAAGGCUAUGCGGCGCUUGCGUACUGUAGCUCAAGCACUUGGCCCAGAACGCACGCGUUCAGACCUGCUUCCGUUCCUGCGUGAAGCUACAGAGGACGAGGACGAAGUUCUCGUGGCGUUGGCCGAUGAACUCGGUGGCUUCGUGGACCUCGUAGGUGGUGCCGAGCACGCCGCUGCUCUUGUUGAACCCCUCGAGGUGCUUGCCGGCGUCGAGGAGACUGUGGUGCGUGACCGCACUGUGGAGUCCCUACAGAAGGUGGUGGCUGUGCUUCCCAACGCGGGAGACAUCAUGGUGCCACUGACUAAGCGCCUUGCCGAGGGAGACUGGUUCACGUCACGUGUGUCCGUAUGCUCGCUCUUUGCUCCCACCUACGAGAAGGUGACGGAUGCUGGACGCAAGAAGGAGCUUCGCGAUUUGUACCAGAUGAUGUGCAACGAUGACACGCCCAUGGUUCGUCGCGCUGCUGCUUCUAACAUCGGCAAGAUCGCUGGUGCAAUGGAGAAGGAGCACAUUGCCAGCAUGAUCCUGCCGCUAUUUCGUGCGCUAACAGCGGACGACCAGGACAGUGUACGUCUGCUAGCUAUUGAGAACUCGGCUGCGAUCGCCGAUCUGCUCUCGCAGGACGAGAACUCGCUGCAUGUGUUGCCCAUCGUGCGUUCGUCCGUCGAGGAUCGGUCAUGGCGUGUGCGAUUCAGCAUUGCCAAGGACUUUUUCCCGCUCUCGCGCGCCAUGGGAACCCAGAUCACGGAGUCGGAGCUGCUUGGAUGCUUCAGCAACCUGCUGCAGGACGCCGAGGCAGAAGUCCGUGCUGCUGCUGCGAAGAACUUGUCGGGAUACAUCUCCAUUAUCAAGAACGAGCUGUUUUCGAGCGAGGUUCUGCCGCUAUUGUCGGCUCUUUCGCAGGACACGGCCCCCAACGUUCGAACUGCUGUUUCCAUCGCGUGCAUGGAGCUUGCACCUAAGCUGGGUGAAACCACGUCCAAGUCGACGCUGGCCCCUCUGCUGCUGCUCUUCCUGCGCGAUGAGGUCGUGGACGUGCGGCUCAAUAUUCUGAAACGUAUGGAACUUCUUGCCCAGUGGAUGGCAUCGUUCGAGUCGGUGCUGCUGCCAGCUAUCGCCGACCUGGCGCGCGACCUGCAGUGGCGUGUGCGCGAGGCCGUCAUUCUGUCUAUUCCUGCCCUUGCUGGCAGUCUGGGCAGCCAGUAUUUCCAGGAAAACUUGCUGGAGAUCUACGUUAGCGCGUUCACCGACAUGGUUGGCGAGGUUCGCCUGAGCGCCACCAAGAUUCUACCGCAGCUGCUUGAGUCUCUGGGUAGCGACUACAUCCUUCAGAACGUUAUGCCGCGCCUGAACCAGAUCUUCGAGAAAUCCGUGAUCUACCAGGAGCGCGUCAAUGUGCUGCACGCGCUGAAGCAGAUGGCUGUGGAGAAGGCGUCGAGCGACUUGUUGACGCUUAUGAUGACCCUGGCGAUCCGCGGCGCUCACGACAAGAUCCCCAACGUUAGAUUCGUGGCCUCCAUGACCUUAGAGCAGCUGUGUAAACUCGCUGAUGCUUCCGUGGUCGCGGCUCAAGUCCGACCCUGCCUGACGGAGCUGGCGAACGAUUCCGACAUGGACGUCAAGUAUUACUCGAGUAUCGCGCUGGAUGCCGUCCAGGGCUAGACUGUAGGAACGCGCUCUUUUCGUGAGGAUUCGCGGAGGUAUUUGUCCCGCUUCUCAAUUCCUUUCUGGCUA